AUUCCGGAGGGUCGGCGGCUGGUAGGGACGGAGCUCCUGGCUGGGGUUUCAUCAGCACCUGGGUCCGCACCUCGACUGAGGAACGAUUGCUGAGAACUCCGGGCAUGCCGUGGCCCUGCACCCUGGUGCAGACCAGGUUACAAAAGACAAAGCUGUGUCUGUCGGUUCACUGGCGCUUGAAUACCAUCGAUCUUUGAAUGUGGAGGAGGAGAUUCUUGUGAAGACAGCACUCCAGUCACAGCAAGGAGAACCUGAACACAUGUUGGGUGUAGGGGUGAGAUUUGGAUGAACUUGUCUGGAGAUAAACCUUUUAAAUUGCCUUCUAGUCACUGAAGGAGAGAACAGAUAUUUUCUUUGUAGUAGCAAUAUAUUCAUUGUCGAUCCUUGGAGAAGAUUUAUCCAUCCCAGCUGGAAAUGUGCGUCUGCUUUGAGUCCAAAAUGAAAUUUUCUGUUUUAUGUCAAUGAAAUCCACUGGCAGCGGGAUGCUGAGAACCCACCAGCACUCGUUCACCAGAGAUUAGUUCUUCAACUGCAUUGAUAGUACAAGAGAGUCACUACGUCUGACGUCUGACUUGACGUGUCUUCAGAGAAUUGAUAGCAGGGAGAGAUCAUUCAUUCUCAGUCAUCCAGGGUGAAGAUACAUCAGCACGUUCAGACCUUACUGAGACUGUUGACCUGUUUUAACAGUGGGAGGCAAUUAGAUACACCAGAAAAUUCACUUCAAGAGGCCAUUCGCUUGUUCCAAGUGUGGGAAGGAAUUUACUCUGGUGUACCACCUGCAGGCACUCAAGCAAGUUCGAAGUGGGGAGCGACUGUUUAUCUGCACGUGUGUGGGAAAAGAUUCACUCACUGAUCCCACAUGAUGAGUCACCAGGGAGUUCACACUGGGGAGAAACCGUUCACCUGCUCGGACUGUGGGAAGACGUUUACCACAUUGUCCCAACUGCAGACACACCAGUGUGUUCACAAUGGGGAGAGACCAUUUAUCUGCACUGUGUGUGGGAAAGGGUUCGCUCAAUCAUCCCAUCUGACGAUACACCAGCGAGUCCAUACCAGGGAGAAGCCAUUCAUCUGCUCUGAAUGUGGGAAGGGAUUUACUCAGUCAUCUCACCUGAUGAGACACCAGCAACUUCAUUCUGGUGAGAGACCAUUCACUUGCUCAGAUUGUGGGAAGGCAUUUACUAAGUCAUCUCACCUACAGACACACCAGCGAGUUCACACUGGGGAGAGACCCUUUAUCUGCUCCAUCUGUGGGAAGCGAUUCACUUGGUCAUCUGAUCUGCUAAUACACCAGCGAGUUCACACGGGAGAGAAACCGUUCACCUGUUCUAUAUGUAGGAAGGGAUUCAGUUACUCAUCCCACCUGAUGAGACACCAGCGACUUCAUUCUGGCGAGAAGCCAUUUGCCUGCUCGGACUGUGGGAAGGCAUUUACUACGUCAUCCCAACUGCAGACACACCAGCGAGUUCAUAGUGGGGAGAGGCCGUUUAUCUGCUCUGUCUGUGGGAGGGGAUUCAUUCAAUCAUCUGAGUUGCUGAGGCACCAGCGAGUUCACACUGGAGAGAGGCCGUUCUCCUGUUCUGAAUGUGGAAAGGCAUUUACACGGUCGGCCCAUCUGCAGGCACACCAGCGGGUUCACACUGGAGAGAAACCAUUCACUUGUUCUCUGUGUGGGAAGGGAUUCACCAAUUCAUCCCGCUUAGUGUUGCACCAGCGAGUUCACACUGGGGAGAGGCCAUUUACCUGCUCAGAUUGUGGGAAGAGAUUCACUCUGUCGUCUUCCCUGAAGAAACAUCAGCGAGUUCACAGUGGGGAGAGACCAUUUAUCUGCUCUGUCUGUGGAAAAGGAUUCAUUGAGUCAUCUGCUCUGCUAAAACACCAGCGAGUUCACACUGGGGAGAGGCCAUUCACCUGCUCUGAGUGUGGAAAGGGGUACACUCACUUAUCCUACCUGAUGAGGCACCAGCGAGAUCACUCUGGGGAGAGGCCAUUCAGCUGCUCAGACUGUGGGAAGAGGUUUACUGAAUCAUUUCACUUGCUGGAACACCAGCGAGUUCACAGUACAGAGAGACCAUUCACGUGUUCUGAAUGUGGGAAAGGAUUUACUCGAUCAUCUCACCUUGUGACACACCAGCGAAUUCACACUGGGGAGAGGCCAUUCUCCUGCUCUGAAUGUGGGAAGGCCUUUACUCAGUCAUCCCAGCUGAUGAGACACCACAAGCAAGUUCACACUGGGGGAAAAAGUUUAAAGUAGCUUCUUUAUGGAAAUUGAAUGAUCAGUUGCUCAAUAUUCAAAAGCGACUGUUGGUGUUAUUGCUGCUGCUUAUCACACCCAGUCCUGUACCCUGGUUACUGGGCAAGGGAGGAGUUUCUUCUGCUGACGUUCAUCUUUAAUGGACUGGAGCUGGAAAAGUAUGCUCCUCAUCCUGUCUGUAAAUGUGCAUCUGCUUUGUCCGAAGUGAAAGUUUUCUGUUUUAACUUCUCAUUGGAGCCAGAGCCAUGAGAAUAUUGCAGUUUAUCUUCACUAGACGUGAGAUUCUGAACUGCUUUUAAGUGUGGGAGGGAUUCGGUAUGAAAUUUGACCUGAUGAGAUGCCAGAUAGUUCAUAGCAGGGAGAGAUCAUUCUGCUGUUCUGAGUAUGGGAAGGGAUUCUGUCGUUCAUCCAAACUGCAGGCACACCAGCAAGUUCACAUCGGGGAGAGGCCUUUCUCCUGCUCUGAAUGUAGGAAGGGAUUCACUUCCUAAAAUGAUGAGUUCACACAGAGAGGCCACACACCUGUCCUAUGUGAACAGAGAUUUACUCAGUCAUGCCUCCUGCCGAAACCCCAGCUGUUUCAUACAGGGGAAGAAGUUUAAUUAACUAUGUUGAAUUUUUAAACCAUCACAUUUAGUGAAUCCAUUUGCAAGUUCAAGACUGAUGGUGUCAGAUUCUUUCGUGCACCACGCCCAGGACUGAAUCCUGGGCAUUUGCGCUGAUCAUAUUAGACCGGAGUUUGAUAUUUUUGAUCUGUGAUAAUUAAAUCAGUUCUGGUUUAAAUCUUGUAUCUCAGGUCCUUGCUGAAUCUGCUGCACAUUCAGUGUACUGUAUAGAGGCCACUCUGCCCAAUGGGUCUCUGCUAGCGUUUCUGUUCCAUCUCUUCCCAUCACCCUGUAGCAAUGUUCUUUCCUCGAUCUCUGGUCCCCUUAAACCCACCCUGCAGCUCACCUCAGGCUGUCCCUGUGGUGACGGAUUCUGAAUUGUCGCCAUUCUUUAUACUUUAUUGUCGCCAAACAACUGAUACUAGAACGUACAAUCAUCAUAGCGAUAUUUGAUUCUGCGCUUCCCGCUCCCUGGAUUACAAAUCAAUAGUACUUCUGGAUGAUGAAGUGACAUCACCGAUCAGCUGGUCUGUGACAGCUCGCCCUUGGCCUUCUUUCAAACUUCACUUUUGCACAAGGGCAACCGUCACCAAGCUGCUCUGAAACUUCUGCUCAGAAUUGUUAAUUUUAUAUGCUUAUUGACCAACUGAAACCUUGUGCAGCUUCCAAUCCCUUAUUUCCGUACAUACAAUACCAGUCAUGAUGCAUUCUUACAGGUAGCAAUAACCAACAAACAACAGGCUAUUUACCCACACACAAAACACUUGAGGAACUCAGCAAGUCAGGUAGCAUCCAUGGAGGAGAACAAACAGUUGGUGUUUUCGGGCCGAGAUCCUUCAUCAGGACUUGGCAGACCAAACCUACUGUUUAUUCCCCAGAAGGAGAAACCGGUAUUCAUGCUAUGCAUCAUCUCCCACAAGUGGGUCUUCCCGAUGGCCAAAGGUUUUAAUUCCGAUUCCCAUUCCAAUGUGUCGAUCCGUGGCCUCCUGCUUCAAGAUGGGGCCAUCCUCAGGGUGGAGGAGCAACACCUUACGUUCCGUUUGAGUACCUCCAACCUGAUGGCAUGAAUAUCAAUUUCUUCUCCUGGUGAACAAAUUCCACCCCCCCCCACCCCCAGUUCCUCUGUUCCCCACUCUGACCUUUCACUUUGUAACUCCCUGGUUAAAAUUUUUACUGCUAUGCUGUAGGUAUUUCAUUUCAGUAGUUCUGUAAGAGCAGCGUGUUCUGCUUUCAGCAUGUUUGGGUUUGAGCUAAAGAUAAGGGGCUGUGAUGUUCAGCUUAGGAAUGUUUUGUCGCCCAAUCGGGAUGGUGGAACUGGGAGAAGGUUCUUAAGAAUGCUGGGCAGAGAAGUUUUUGUGACGGACACUGGUGUGGGUUAAGGUCUUUUUCUUUGGCGGGAACUGGGAAAAGACAGGAGGGAAGAUGGCUGAGGAUGCUGUCCCCGUUGCACAAGAUGCUUUGUGUAGAUGAAGGACCAACACUGCCGUGGGAGAGCCUGUUUGUUCGAGAUGGAUUUCGAGCAACAUUCAGAAGUUGGCGUGUGCUCUCACGCAGACUGUGGGUCCAGCACGUGAAUUAAAGAACAACUUCAAAAUGAGCUCCAACUUGUGUGCACAUUUGGACUCGGUUAACUGUAAUGUGCCCUCUUCAUUUUCUAUAAAGUGUUUGAUAAAGCCGAUAUUAAUAAAUA